CAUGCGCGGACUUGCCAAUGGUGGUCGGUGGCUGUUUUCUGCCUUCAGUACGAAGUCGGUGAGAAUGAGGCGCGGUGGAGGGAGCGAUAGACCAGGCAGUUGGAUGCAGAAGUUUCACGAACAUUUUGCGUGAACCGCAAUCCCUGAAUGUGAACGUCCUGCUACCCCGUCUGCGCCGAACCGGACAAAGGCUCCAGGCUUCCUCCCAGUAACAGGCCCGAGGACGUGGCCACCAUCUUUAUUGGGGGCACACGACACGACCACGCAUGCGCAACUGCUAUAUUUGUAGGGUGUAUGUCCAGCAGUCUCAGUUUGAGUGUUCCUCUCUCUUCUAGUGAGGUCGGUGCCUUGUGUAGGUUCAGACCUUGUAGCAUGUUCCCUUACCUGAAAGAUACUAGUUGGACUUUUAUUACAGUCCAGUAGUUUUCAUCGUCAUUUUUUUCCCCAUCAGUGCCGGCUUUACAAAUUACAAGGUAAGGAGAAGUGGUGGAUUUACAGUCUGGAAACUGACAGAGUCGCUCAAUUUAACAUCAACAGAAUAACGUUGGAUUUUGAAAAUGGAAGGAAAAAGCACUACUCACAGUGGGGAGAAACCACAUAGGUGUUCUGCCUGUGGACGAGCCUUCCGCCAAUUAUUUGGUCUGUCGGAACAUAAAUGUAGGAACAACAAGGAGAAACCAUGGAAGUGUGGGGACUGUGGGAAGGGAUUCAGCUCCCCUUCAAAUCUUGAAACACAUCGACGCAUUCACACUGGGGAGAGGCCAUUCACCUGCUCCGAUUGUGGGGAGGGAUUCACUCAGUUAUCCCACCUGCUGACACACCAACGAGUGCACACUGGAGAGAGGCCAUUCACUUGUUCCGAGUGUGGAAAAGGAUUCACUCAGUCAUCCCAUUUGCUAACACAUCAGCGAGUUCACACUGGGGAGAGGCCAUUCACUUGCUUUGUAUGUGGGAAGGGAUUCACUCAGUUAUCCCUGCUGCAAAGACACCAGCGAGUUCACACUGGAGAGAGACCAUUCAGUUGCUCUGAGUGUGGGAAAGGAUUCAUUCAGUUAUCCCACCUGCUAAGACACCAGCGAGGUCACUCUGGCGAGAGGCCAUUCACCUGCUCUGAAUGUGGGAAGGGAUUCACUGCGUCAUCCACCCUGAUGGUGCACCAGCGUGUUCAUACUGAGGAGACUCCGUUCAAGUGCUCUCACUGUGGAACUGGCUUCAAGCACUCAUCUAACCUCACUGUACACCAGAGAGUUCAUACCGGGGAGCGGCCAUACACCUGCUCCAUGUGUGGGAAGGGAUUUACUCGGUCAUCCUACCUACUGACACACCAGCGGCUUCACACUGGAGAGAGACCAUUCACCUGCUCCAAGUGUGGGAAGGGAUUUCCUUGUUCAUCCCACCUGCUUAGACACCAGCAAGUUCACAAGUACUCUUAUCAUAAAAGCACAAACAUUGAUAAACUGCUGUUCCUCAUGUUUUCACAUGACCAGUCUUCAACGGCAGGAUCCGAGGGGCAGCAUGAGGACGGGGCAGCGGUGCCCGCAGGGCAGUUCCUCCGGGCAAAACACAUGGCUUGGCAGCACCCUCGCACUCAGUCGCCAAAGUGCGCUACCCAGUGCCACGCCUGCCCGAGCUGGAUGCGGUUUUCAUCCAUUAAGGUUGCUACUCCACUCUCAGAGCCCAGGAGUUUCUGGUCAAUAAUAAGCACCAGGAUGUUCAUAGUGAGGGAUUCAGCAACGACGCGCAGGUCGAGGAACACUGCCCCCAAUAAUGGUGGCGACGGUAACCCGGGCCGAUCACCGCCUGCAGCCGUCUUUCUGCUUGAUGCAAACGCGGGGUCAAGAGUUUCUAAUUCGGAUCCGGAAGCCUACACCAGGUGUUUAUUUUUUUUUAAAAAGUCUCCAGUCCGUAGUAGCUCCUUUUUGUCUCCCGUUCGCUGGUGUGUCUCCCCCUUUAUCGUCCCGCACACUUGUCGCCUCGAGCGGACUGUCGCCGCAGUGUCAAAAUGCCUGCGCAGGAGCUCCAGGCAGCAUUGUGGUCCCGCCUGUCAUUCACUUCGAUUGGUUCCUUCUCUUCUCCUCCUGCUAUUGGCCCUAACUGCUGUCGAUCAACUGGCAUUUACGCAGUCGUGUGAGCCUGCAGCUAGAAAGCUAUCAGAAGAAGUGAAGUCAGAGAAAAAUAAAAUCUCAGAGUUCAGGAAUUACUCAAGGAGAAAAGGGAUUUCAAAACUCUAUCCCAGUCAAUAUAGGAGUCAAAUUCACAACAUCCCCUCCUCCUUGCCAAGGGUGACCACGUGGUCCAUGCUGCACACGAUGUGGUCAGCAGUCUUUCGAGUCAAGGCUGACAUCGACACAGGUCGAGUUUCUGUCCUGGGUCUUCAUAUGACUGAACACAGCCAAGGAUCUUUGGGCAAGACAUCUGAUGGAAUCCAGAAGACGGCGGCCCAGCUGCCAGUGCCCCCAAUAAUGAUGGCGGCCGUCAGGCCGGGGCCUGUCACCGGGAGAAUAGAAUGGCACUGUAUCUUGUUGAGCAAAGACUAUGAAGAGAAGCGAUGUAUGCGCGCAGUUCAACUGAAUGAAUCCCACUCCACAUCUGAGGCAACUGAACUGCUUCUCUCCAGCGUGAACAUGCUGGCAUACAAUGAGGAUGUUCAAACUGGAGAGAAGCAGUUCUGUUGCCUGAGACGUGGAGUGGGAUUCAUUCAGUUGAACUGGAAAUUAUUUUUAAGUCUCAGAAACGUGUUCAGGUUGAUUUCUGUCCGUGCCAUGGAAUCGGCCGCCCCGGUAAUCUACUAUCACAUGAGGCCAGACUGUCAGGAAGGAAAGACAGAAAGAAAAACCAACUGUCAGAAUGAACACGCUUCAGUCCUAGGUGAAGAGAAUUUCCCCAGUGUAAACUCGCUGGUGUUUCAGCAGGCUGGACGACUAAGUGAAUUCGCUCCCAGACUCACAGCAGGUGAACGGCUUCUCCCCACUGUGAACUCGCUGGUGCUCAAUUGCGCACGCGCCCUGCCGCAUCUUGCUCCGAAUAAAGAUGGCGGCUACGUCUGCGUCCAUGUAAUAUUGCCCCCAAUAAACAUGGCGGCGGGAACCCAGGCCCUUUGUCGCCUGAAGCCCACAGCUGUUCUCCCGUUUGCUGCAAAGGCAGGACCAGGAGUUUCUAAUUCUGGCCUGGAGGCCAACAUUGUGACUUGCAGCGGGCGCUGGACCCGGAGGAAAGCGGCCGCGAGGAGCAAGGGAGAUCUCACCAAGAGGGAGGAAAGGGAUGGAGCCGGAAGCUGGGUUGGGCGGGGAGGUUUCAUAACAACCCUCCGUAGACCCCCAAACGGUAUGGGAUUCCAGACGGCGGAUACACCCGAGACUUCUUGCACCGUGGAGGCUCGGGGUAACGCCCCACGAUCCUGGGAUAUUAGAAGGAGAGAAUUUACAGAUCGGAAGCUGAAACCCAACGUCAUGACGAGGCUUGACAAAGUCACUCAAUUCUUAGGAUCUGAACGUCAUCAGACUUUGCCUGUAGUUAGAGAAUUAUUUGACUACGCUAUCUUCGAGAGAACUGUGUGUAUGUGCGGAAGAAUCUUUAACUGGUUGUACAAGCUGGAUAGUCACAAGGAUAUUGACACCAUGAGAAAACAGUGGAAAUGUGAGGAUUGUGGUAAAGGAUUCAAUUAUUCAUGCCGACUGGAAAACCAUCGUCGUAGUCACACUGGGGAGAAGCCCUACAUCUGUUCCAUGUGUGGAAAGGGAUUUACUCAGACAGUGUCCCUGAUGUCACACCAGCGAAUUCACACUGAGGAGAGGCCCUACUGCUGCACUCACUGUGAGAAGAGGUUCAAGUAUUCUUCCACCCUCACUGCCCACCAGCGCAUCCACACAGGCGAGAGACCGUUCACCUGCUCAGUGUGUGGGAAGGGGUUCACCCAGUCAUUCAUUUUGGUGAGGCACCAGAGAGUUCACACCGGGGAGCGUCCAUUCACCUGCUCCAUAUGUGGGAAGGGAUUCGCUCGGCUGUGCAGCCUCCAGUCACAUCACCGGGUUCACGGGUCUGAGGAGAAGCUCUUCGGCUGCACUUCCUGUGGAAAGAGGUUCAAGCAUUCCUCAACACUCAGUGCACACCGACGCACUCACACUGGGGAGAGGCCAUACACCUGCACCGUGUGUGGGAAGGGUUUCGCUCAGUCACGGUACUUACUGAUGCACCAACGAAUUCACACGGGGGAGAGGCCUUUCACCUGCUCUGUGUGUGGGAAGACAUUCACCCAGUCCUCUCACCUCCUGUCACACCAGCGAAAUCAUACCAAGGAGUGCCCGUUCAGCUGCACGUCUUGUGGAAAGCAGUUCAAGCAUUCUUCCACUCUCUCAGUACACCAGCGAAUCCAUACGGGGGAGAAACCCUUCCAUUGCGCUUACUGUGAGAAAAGGUUCAACAGUUCUUCCACCCUCUCAGCACACCGGAGAAUUCACACUGGCGAGAAGCCGUUUGUUUGCUCCGUCUGUGCGAAGAGGUUCAGUCAGUCCUUUGACCUGGUGAGACACCAGCGGGUUCACACAGGGGAUAGACCAUUCACUUGCCCCGUGUGUGGGAAGGGAUUUGCUCGGUUAUUCGGCCUCCAGUCACACCACAGGAUUCACACAGAGUGGGAUGACCGGGUGAAGCCCUUCCCGCACUGCGAGCAGGCGAACGGCCUCUCGCCGCUCAAUGUGAAAUUACAUAAUUUAUGGCAAGGCAGUGGCCUUGAUGCUAUGAAUCACCAAGCCCAGAAUCCAGAAAUCCAGGUACUGUUCCAGGGACCUAGGUUUCAACCUCACCAGGGCAGAUUGUUUGGAAGGGUGGUGGAGGCAGGUUCAAUUGAGGAUUAUUUAACUGGAAACAAUGUGUUUGAAGCCAAACCAUUGCUUCGUGAAAAAGGCUUUCUUCACCUCAUGUUUAUUCUUCGGCAAAACACUUGGAAUCUGUGCCUCGCGAUUCACCAUCCAUUUGGUCAACUCGAACGGAGGUCAGAGCCGCUUGUAUUCAGCUGGGUACAGGCAAGAAUGUGGAAAACCCAGCUAAACACAGGAAGACAAGAGUUUACAAACAAAUACUGUGAUCCGACAACCAUGAAAUGUCCAAGAGGAAAAGGCAGAGCUGAGACUGAGAUAUCCCGACCAGUCACUCACACCACACCAACACCAGCACUGACCACCUCACCUCCAGCUCACAGCUUCCUGACCCCGAACGGAGUCCUGCCCAGGAGUGGGAUGUUCCAAGGAGAGUACCUCAAGGAGCUUUGCUGUGCUGUACUCAUUCUCUUAUACAAUCAUGUGCCUUUAUCGCACUGCUCCCUCUGCAGCGAUUCCCAUCUUCCGCAGAUCUCUGUCUCCCCAGUUAAACAGUCUGCAAUCCCAUCUGAAGGCACUGGAAACACGAAGGAAGUCAAGCUAGCAACUGAGCAGACAGCACAGACUCGCCUGGGCUCACUAACCACCCUCACCACCCCAGCUGACCUCCAUCGGAUAUGCCAGGCCAAGCUGCCACUCGCAAGACUUCAGCUGCUGCUGUCAACCAGGGCCCCACACUGGGAUCAGGAGGAUGACAAACCCGGACAUCAUCGGAGUUUGGACAUGGAAGGAGGAGGCACCAUGCGCAGUGAGGAGCCACUGUACACACAGUUUGUGUGUGGACAAGGCUUUGGCCAAUCAGCUGACCAGUUAGGACAUAAAUGUAGUUGUGGUGGGGAGAAGCUAUGGAAAUGUAUGGGCUAUGAGGGUGAAUCCUUGUCUAAACUGGAAACACAGUGGUGCAGUCAGGCCAGGGAGGGGCCAUUCGCCUUCUCUGACAGUGGGAAGGGAUUCACUUCCUCUUCCACCCUCCUGACGCAACACUGGGGACGCACUGAUGAGGGACCUUUCAAAUGCUCAGAUUGCACCAAAUGCUUCACAAGUUCUUGGGACCUGAUUUUUCACCGAUGUGUUCACACUGACAAGAGACCGUUCAGGUGCUCUCACUGUGGGGCUGCCUUCAAAACAUCAUCUGACCUCCUCGCACACCAACCAGUUCACACCGGAGAGAGGCCGUUCGUCUGCUCGGAGUGUGGGAAAGGAUUCGCACAGUCUUCGACCCUUGUGAAACAUCGGCACGUACACACUGGCGAGAAACCGUUCGCCUGUUCCCAGUGUGGGGAGGCAUUCGCUCAGUCAUCCCACUUAGUGAGACACCAACGCAUUCACACCGGAGAAAGACCUUUUACCUGCUCCGAGUGUGGGAAGGGAUUCAGUCAGUCAUCUACCCUGCUGACACACCAGAAGCUUCACACAGGCGAGAGGCCGUUCACCUGCUCCGAGUGUGGGAAGGGAUUCACUCAGUCAUCCAAGCUGUUGAUACACCAGCGGCUUCACACUGAUGAGAGACCUUUUCAGUGCCCAGACUGUGGAAAGUGCUACAAAAGUUCCGGGGAACUUAUGUCCCAUCAACGUGUUCAUACAGACGAGAGACCGUUCAGGUGCUCUCAUUGUGGGAUUGGGUUCAAGCGAUCGUCUGACCUCACUGUACACCAGCGAAUUCACACCGGGGAGAGGCCGUUCACCUGUUCACAGUGUGGGAAGGGAUUCACUUCCUCGUCCACCUUGCUGAUACACCAGCGAAUUCACACCGGGGAGAGACCAUUCAUGUGUUCUGAGUGUGGGAAGAGAUUCACUGAGUUAGCCAGCCUGCUGAAACAUCGGAGUACUCACAGUGAGGAGAGGCCAUUCACCUGCUUCCAGUGCGGGAAGGGAUUCAGUCGGUCAUCUACUCUGGUGACUCACUGGCGAGUUCACACUGGGGAAAAGCCUUUCAUCUGCUUCAGCUGUGGGAAGACAUUCACUCAGUUAUGCAGUCUCUUGAGACACCAGCGGGUUCACACUGGGGAGAGGCCAUUUACCUGCUCAGAUUGUGGGAAGGGAUUCACUCGGUCAUCUGCCCUGCUGAAACAUCAGAAAAUUCAUAAGUAAACUGAGUCAUUAGAUUCUGCUGUUAAUCACGUCCAGGCCUGUGUCAUGUUCACUUGGAUACAUUUUCUGCUGAUGUUUAUUAACUACACUGUAUAUUAUAGGGAUUGAUAUUGUGAUUACAGUCAAAUAAAGUAACUUUGUUUUAAAUUCAUAGAA